AUAAAACCUUGAGACAAGAGGAUGCUCCUCUCUCAAACCCGCUGCCAUCUCAGUAGUGGAAAUGUUGGAGUUGGGGAGGGUCGACUUUGAGGUGACAUUGACGCUAUGUAGAUGAGAGUGAGGAUCCUGCGCUCCAUGUUACGUCCCUGCUCGCUUCAGCUCAGACGGCGGCAGCUCCUUUCCCCGUCUUCUCUCCCCUCCUCUCUUUCAGCACCACUCCUUUAAGGACAGCACCUCGCUCUCAAAGACGCAUUUGUCCACCAUCCUCCCCCCUACAGGAUCAUAUAUUGGCUCGCUGUCGUCGGAUGCAAAGUUUUCACGUUGGUUUUAUUCCGUGAAAGUGCGAGGAAGUAACUUUUUGAAGGAAAAAAAGAACCGGAUUUUCCAACCGGGGAAAAAUCCAGCGAGGAAAAGGAAUUUAUUGGUCGCUGGAUCUGCUGCUAAGGUGCCUCUGCCUCUGAUCACUCUCACUGCCCCGAUCACUCGUCUCCACUCGGCUGCUGUCUGGGAACUGGGUGCACAGGACGGAGAAGCUGCUGUCUGUCUGGACCGGUGCUGAAACCCCCCCUCCUCUCCACUGGUCAGGACUAUAACCGACACGCACAGAGACCAUGGCCACCAACGGGACCAAAGCCUCGGACGGACACGUCUUAACGGAGACGGUGAAUGACGCGCCCACCACCACGCCAAACGACAAACCCAAAACCUUGGUGGUGAAAGUGCAGAAGAAAAAGGAGAUACCCGAGAGAGAAACGUGGGGUGGGAAAUUUGACUUUCUUCUCUCAUGUGUCGGAUACGCAAUCGGACUCGGAAAUGUCUGGAGAUUUCCUUAUUUAUGUGGAAAAAACGGAGGAGGGGCCUUCUUGAUUCCCUACUUUUUGACCCUCAUAUUUGCUGGCAUGCCUCUGUUCUUUCUGGAGACGGCUCUUGGUCAGUACACUUCUAUUGGAGGGCUCGGAGUGUGGAAACUGGCCCCCAUGUUCAAAGGUGUGGGUCUGGCUGCUGCUGUUCUGUCCUUCUGGCUCAAUAUCUAUUACAUUGUAAUCAUUUCCUGGGCUCUUUACUAUCUGUACAAUUCCUUCACCUCUGAACUGCCAUGGCAGACUUGUGGCAAUCCCUGGAACACAGACCGCUGCUACACCAACUACAGCAUCGCAGACACCAGAAACCUCACCAGCGCUGUGGUGGAGUUCUGGGAACGCAACAUGCACCAGCUGACCGAUGGUCUGGAGAAGCCUGGGGAGGUCAGGAUCCCACUGGCUAUCACACUCGCUAUUGCAUGGGUGCUCGUCUAUUUCUGUAUCUGGAAGGGGGUCAGCUGGACUGGCAAAGUGGUUUACUUCUCAGCCACAUACCCCUACUUCAUGCUGUUCAUCCUGUUCUGUCGUGGCAUCACUCUACCCGGUGCAUUUGAUGGGAUCCUCUUCUAUAUCACACCAGACUUUGACAAACUUAAGGAGUCUGAGGUGUGGCUGGAUGCUGCCACUCAGAUCUUCUUUUCCUACGGGCUGGGAUUAGGCUCUCUGAUCGCUCUCGGCAGCUACAAUCCCUUCAACAACAACGUAUACAGAGAUUCUGUCAUUGUCUGCUGCAUCAACUCCUUCACCAGCAUGUUCGCUGGCUUUGUCAUCUUCUCCAUCGUGGGAUUCAUGGCCAAUGUAACAAAGAGACCCAUCGCCGAUGUGGCAGCCUCAGGACCUGGCCUAGCGUUUUUGGCUUAUCCUGAAGCUGUCACCCAGCUGCCUAUCUCUCCUCUCUGGGCCAUCCUCUUCUUCUCCAUGCUGCUGAUGCUGGGAAUCGACAGCCAGUUCUGCACCGUGGAAGGCUUCAUCACUGCACUGGUUGAUGAAUUCCCUCAGGUUCUCCGAAAGCGCAGAGAGAUCUUCAUCGCAGUUGUCUGCCUUGUUUCUUACAUUAUUGGACUGUCCAACAUCACACAGGGAGGACUCUAUGUGUUCAAGCUAUUUGACUACUAUUCAGCUAGUGGGAUGUCCCUGCUCUUCCUGGUCUUCUUUGAGUGCAUCUCAAUUUCAUGGUUCUAUGGUGUGAACAAAUUCUAUGACAACAUUGAGGAAAUGGUUGGCUACAGGCCCUGUCUGUGGUGGAAGGCGUGCUGGGUCGUUUUCACCCCGCUCAUCGUGGCUGGAGUCUUCUUGUUUAGUGCAGUGCAGAUGGUUCCCCUCACCAUGGGCGACUACGUGUUCCCCGGCUGGGGUCAGGGGGUCGGUUGGUGCAUGGCCCUUUCCUCCAUGAUGCUCAUCCCUGGCUACAUGGGCUACAUGUUCCUCACACUCAAAGGCACAUACAAAGAGCGUCUGCGGAUGAUGAUCAAGCCUCUGGUAUUGGUGAAGGCUCAGGAAAACGGCCCAGACCAGCAGACAGAAAACCAGAACCAGAACCCUGCUAACGAGGAAGCCUACAUCUAGAAACCUCUGCGUGUCUGUGUCUCGACAGCCAGACUGGCACUCUACUAGAGAAAGAAACGUAAUCAAGGUUGGGAACGACCACCAGACUUCCAUGUCUGCUUUUAUUCACCUACCUCCUGGGGACACGUGAGACCAACCUGAUUACACAGUUAUUUUUAGGGGUUUUUUCUGUUUGUUUAUUUGUAUAAUACAGAGUUAUAAAAACUUAAAAGGAAAAACAAACUACCCAGCAAAGUUGUUGUGAUAUUAUGAAUUUCAUUAUGCAAAAAAGUUAGUCUUUCUAGAAAAGGAAACGUGACUUAGGAAAUUACUGUAUAUUGAAUAUAUAAUUUAAAUUUGGAGGCCCACGUUGAUUCAAUAGUAUUGUGCUACUUUGAAGAUAUUAAUUAAUCUACUAAACUACAGUUACUGUACAAAGAAAAAUACUGGUUAAAUGCAUUUGCUUGUACAUGAAAUAAAUACAUUAAAAUCAAUGCAGUGUAGUAGGUGAAAAAAUGCAAUUUGAAAGUUUGUAAAAUGAAAAUUGAAUACUGACCAAUUUAAGGCAAAGACAAUAUGGGAAUGUGCAACAGGUAAGGCCAAAUCUGCUCGUUAUGUGUAAAAUAUUAUUUAGCCAGACUAUCACUCCUUUGCAGGAUCCUGCAGUUCGCCUGAAAUGUUUACCACCCAUGUCUGGGGCUACCUUUGAAAAGCACAAGCAUGGAAUUUGAAGCGUCCAACUUCUUUUGGCUCGAUUGAAACCUGUGACCACAGCAAAAAUAACUUACAUAGGAUUACAUAGCAAGAGACUGUUAUAAUUGUUUCUUUGUUUUCUAAAGAACAAUAACUUUGUAUGUUGUCCGAAUCUUUUUUGUAGAAUCAUUUUUAGGUCGUUUUCUAUAUGUGAGAGUGAGAAGGACCAAAAUCAUACUCACGUCGGAAGUUUGGUGGAGACAUUUGACCCGCUGACUCUAUCUGGAUUAAAUCAAACAUCCCCUUUUGACUCACUAGAGCAUCAGGGUAGUAAAUACAGCAUCUGCCUACAAGCACAAUUUGGUUCUGUAAACUACCACCUCUAACAAUAAAAGGUGUAGCCAUUACAGAAAUCCCACGUUUGCACUGUGUGUGCAAUAUUUCCAGCUGAGGGUUAUUUUUUGGAAAGAAAGAGUUGUGUUGCAAUAAGCCAAUGCUAAUUCAGAUCUAUAUUUUAAACUGUGAAUGAACAAGCUGCAGUGACUGCUGCACUGGAGACUGUAUGAUGGAUUUCUAUGAUCGCUACCACUAUUCUGACUGGAACCGUUUACUUGUAUAUCUGUUUAGUAACCCACUCCUCAGGAACAAAGGUGGACGUGACCAAAUUCUCACAGAUACUACCAUUAUACACUGAAACGAUUAAUGCUGCAUUUAAAAGAUGCAACUAUUGUCAAAUUCCUGCGAUUUUCUCCCAUUAUUCGAAUAAGCAGUGAUGAAACAUGAGCACAUGAAUCGGUAUAUACAGUGCGUACUUGGGCAUACUCGAAAGCUGAUCCAAAUUGUUGCCUCUUUUCUGUGUGCUACUCAGCUAGCAUCACAUUUAUUUCAGUGUAAAUGAACUGUGAUGGCCUUCACUCAGUCAUUUUUAGUAGAAGCCAUAGUGAGUUUCUAUCCUGUUUCUAUCAAGUGCAGAUUUCCAAUAUCAACACUCGGAGAGAGAAACUUUGGCUCAGUCAGAGGACAAAGCCGGCACAAGCACUGUUAACACAACAGGACAAAGCCAGAUGCUAUUUAGGCCAACACCACCGAAACUACUCCUUUUCAUAGGGUGAAGGAAAACCUAUUAUUACAUAUCAAGUUUGUUCGGCAAUAUGAAAAUAUAACUGUAGAAGCUGACUUUGUGACAGACCACAGAUAUCACUGUAUUACUAUGAAGAAAGAUUAAGAAAAUUUGCUUCUGUGGCAGCUACGUGCGACAGGAAUCAGGUUGAAUCAGUCCCGUUUCUUUUAUUUAUGUUUUUUUUUUUUCAAAGAUAUGUGAAUUAAAAUGUGCAAUGACAAAGGGUUCCGUGAAUUUUGUAUAAAGUUACCAUACUGCAGUUUUCUCUCUUGAAUGAUGUUGUAAACUGGACUGUGUAAUACAUGUAUCUGUGAAUGUCCGUACAACCUGAGUUUUUCUUUUCUUUUGUCUAAAUGUUGAACAAAAAAUGUGAUAUUAUUUGCUGUUUUCUGCAAUAAUAUUAUUAUCUCAGAAACUAAAGCACAUAUCUCUCUCAACUGUAAAAAUUAUAAUUACGAUAACAGAAUAGAGUAAUAAUAAAGAUAAUAAUAAAAAUAAUGUAAUAGAAAUGUCUAGUCAGAGAAUAUUGUUUUGUAUAUUUCUAGCUGUUUCAUGGGCCUAAUGUAAAAUAUUAUAUGUAAAAAAAAAUAUAAUAAAUGUCUUUAGAUGGUGUUAUAUGAAAAAGCAUGAUUGCAAUAUAUGUUAUCUGCAAAAAUAAAUAAAGACCUAUAGAUUAUAA